AUGUUUCGAGUAGAGGAGGCAAGGUCACAAAAACCCAAGUUCCCUGGAAGCAACGAUUACGUUGCGUUUCACCUAACCACAGAGGAAAUGCGAAAAAUCGGCAAUGAAUGCGCGGAGUCAACGAAAGUCGAUAGGAAAUUAGUAGAGAACGCCGUGAAAUAUAUGAUAAUAGUGGACGAUCAAAAGUACAAGGAGUUCCUGUUUUGCAGCUACAAAAAGCAAGGAUACCAGAAGAAAAAUGGAGAUAUAGUCUAUGACGAAAUCAAAAGUUUCCUAUCUUCUUUCUACAGCAAAGAGGAAACCGAUUACGCCGUAGAUAACUGUAAAGGACUGACAUACAUCCGUCCCGAAGAGAUGUCUUUCAACACCAUGAAAUGCAUAUUGAAAAACUUGUUGGAGGUUGAACGUAUGAAGGCGCAGAAAAAAUACGUAAACAACUGA